AUGGCGGCCGCGGCCUUGGUGAGCGGGACACACCUCGGCCCUGCCCUCGGGCUGCUGCCGGGACAGCCCACGCUGCCCUGGGCGUGCCCGGAGUCAGUGACCUUCGAAGAUGUGGCCGUCUACUUCUCUGAGAAUGAAUGGAUCGGCCUGGGCCCUGCUCGGAGAGCACUCUACAGGGAUGUGAUGCUGGAGAAUUACGGGUCUGUGGCUUCCCUGGCAUUUCCAUUUCCCAAACCGGCUCUGAUUUCCCAGCUGGAGCAAGGCGAAGCACCCUGGUGCUUGGCUCCUCGGGGAGCUCUGGAUGGAGAGGGCCAGAGGGGCAUCUCAGAGGGUGUGUGAAAGAGGAAGAAAGAUUUUAUUCUGAAGGAGGAAAUUCUUGAGGAAGCACAGGACCUCAUGGUCCUAUCAAGUGGACCCAGGUGGUGUGGAUCCUGGGAAUUAUGGUUUGGGGAAACCUGUAAAGGGAAAAGCAGGUUAGGGAGAUGGCCUGGUUACCUCAAUGGGGGAAGUAUGGAAAGUUCAACAAAUGAUAUUGAAGAAGUAAUUGUCAAGGAUGAGAAGAUCUCAGUAGAAGAGAGUUCAGAGAAUACUGUCAAUAAACUCAUUGGUAUACAUCACAGAAUUCUAAAUGAGCAAAUAUUCUGUAUAUGUAAAGAAUGCAGCAAGUGUUUUGAUCAACACCAGAAAACUCAUAAUGGAGAGAAGGUCUAUGAAUGUAAGGAAUGUGGGAAGGCUUUCAGUUUUCAAUCACAUUGCAUUGCACAUCAGAGAAUUCACAGUGGGGUGAAACCCUGUGAAUGUCAAGAAUGUGCUAAGGCCUUUGUUUGGAAGUCAAACCUGAUUCAUCACCAGAAUCAUACUGGAGAGAAACCUUUUGAAUGUAAGGAAUGUGGGAAGGGCUUUAGUCAGAACACAAAUCUUACACAACAUCAACGGAUCCAUACUGGGGAGAAACCUUACACAUGUAAGGAAUGUGGGAAAAGUUUUACUCGAAACCCAGCACUUCUUCGACAUCAGAGGAUGCACACUGGGGAGAAGCCUUAUGAAUGUAAGGACUGUGGGAAAGCCUUCAUGUGGAACUCUGAUCUUGCUCGGCACCAGAGGGUCCACACUGGUGACAAGCCUCAUGAAUGUACUGACUGUGGGAAAAGGUUCUUUUGCAAGGCACACCUUAUUCGGCAUCAAAGAAUCCAUACUGGGGAAAGACCCUGUAAAUGUAAUGACUGUGGGAAGGCCUUCAGUCAGAAUUUUGUCUUAAUUAAGCACCAGAGGUGCCAUGCUAGAGACAAACUGUAUAACUGUCAGAUCUCUCACCUUCUUGAACAUGAACGAGUGCAUAAUGGUGAUCUUUGUUUAUAAAUCGUAUGCUACAGGAA